UGCAAACAGCACAAACUUACAUAGAUUGGCUUGUCUUAGAAUCGAAGUACUUUGGUUUUCUAAUCAUAGUAAACUUCUGUUUACACCCUUAAAUCUGUCGAAGAAGAAGACGGCGAAUUCUAAGUACUUUAUCUUAAGAUUCUUGUACGGUCAUCUCACCAACUGCUUUUUUUGGUUUAUUUUUUUGUAGGAUACCCAGUUCUGCUUAUGUUGAGAACCAUGUUUUGUUGGUAUUGAGAAAAUUGCACAAUGAGCACAAAUUGAUGGAUUCGUUUAAGUUAUCUUUCUGUUAAUAUAAGAAGAGAUGGAGGUUAAGUUAAGAUUGGAGGGAACGCAAUCCAAUCUUGAACAGAUGGGUUCAUUAGACGAUAGAUCAGUGAGUGACUUUGAGGAUGAGAGUCUUUUUACUCCGGAAGCGGAAUCUCAAAAGGCACAACCUGUUCUUGAAUGUGAACAUGAGCCUAUUUCUUUGGCUUCAACAUCUCGUGGAAAUAAAAAUUUGCGGAAUGGCGUGUAUAAGAGCAUAAAGACUGUUGUUUUCUCGAAUAAACUCAAUUUGCUUAUGCCUUUUGGGCCUUUGGCGAUCAUGGUUCAUAACCUUACUGGUCAUAAAGGAUGGGUCUUCUUUCUAAGCUUGCUGGGUAUAACUCCUUUGGCAGAGCGUUUAGGUUAUGCUACAGAGCAACUGGCCUUUUACACUGGUGCUACAGUUGGGGGCCUUUUGAAUGCUACAUUUGGAAAUGCAACGGAACUGAUUAUAUCAAUUUAUGCUCUGAAAAGCGGUAUGAUACGUGUCGUUCAGCUCUCAUUAUUAGGCUCAAUUUUGUCAAAUAUGUUGCUGGUGCUUGGAUGUGCAUUCUUUUGUGGCGGUCUUGUUAUUCGGAAUAAGGAACAGCGGUUUGAUAAGGCAUCUGCUGUUGUGAAUUCGGGACUGUUAUUGAUGGCAGUCAUGGGCCUGCUCUUUCCAGCUGUUCUUCACUACACACAUACUGAGGUGCAUUUUGGAAGGUCAGAGCUGGCUCUUUCAAGGUUUAGCAGUUGUGUUAUGCUAGUGGCAUAUGUUGCCUAUCUUGUUUUCCAAUUAAAAGGUCAACGAGAGCCAUAUCUCCCUCUCACUGAGGAAGAGAAUCAGGCCACGGAUGCUGCUGAUCAUGAUGAUGGCGGUGAUGAAGAGCCAGAGAUCUCAAAAUGGGAAUCAAUUAUUUGGCUUUUAAUUAUGACAGCUUGGAUAUCUUUCUUAUCAGAGUAUCUAGUCGAUGCUAUACAGGGAGCGUCGGUUGCAUGGAGCAUUCCAAUUUCAUUUAUUAGUGUUAUAUUACUUCCAAUUGUAGGGAAUGCUGCAGAGCAUGCAAGUGCUAUCAUGUUUGCCAUGAAGGACAAACUUGACAUAUCUUUGGGAGUGGCAAUAGGAUCAUCAACACAAAUAUCCAUGUUUGGGAUUCCGUUUUGCGUGGUUAUUGGAUGGAUAAUGGGUCGCACUAUGGACUUGAACUUUCAACUUUUUGAGACAGCAACUCUUUUCAUAACUGUCAUAGUCGUUGCCUUCUUUCUGCAGGAAGGAACAUCUAAUUACUUUAAAGGACUUAUGCUCAUUCUUUGUUAUCUGAUAGUCGCUGCAAGUUUCUUUGUACAUGAAGAUUCUUCUUCCGAAGAUGAUAAGAAAUUAAAAACGUAGUCAACGAAGCAAUCUGUUGUAAG